AUGUUGUACGAACUCAUAGGAAUCGUGCGACCGGGCAGCCUCGCUGAGGUGAAAGAAAUUGCCUUCACCGCCGGCCAAAUCAUCCUCCGCAAUGGCGGCGUCAUCCGCGGCAUCUCCAACUGGGGCGUCUUCACCCUGCCGCGCCCCGUAUCCAAGGCCCAAAUGAAGCACAAGAGCGGCCACUACUUUGUCAUGCGCUACGACGCCUCCUCGUCCACGCACGCCGACAUGCGAAACACCAUCAACCUCGACCCCCGUGUCAUCCGCUCCGCCCACGUCAAGCUCGGCGACGGCAAGCUCGAGACCAUGGCCCGUUUCGGCGGCGUGAAAUGGGAUCGGUAG